GAGGCGGUUGCAAUCAAAGGUGGUUUUAGCCUUAAACCCCGUUUCUUAAAUCCCUGGAGGAGGUUUAAAUAUCUUCAGGGACAGGCAGAGGGCGCGAAAGUGCAAAGAAGAGGAGCGUCUCUUAAAACGGAAACGCCCGAUGGCUGGCAAAUCUUAAGAUCCCAUUCUCGGGGCUUGAGUUGGGAGGAAAAAGCGGCCACUUUCUACUAAGCUUGCUUCCCAUCACAACAGCCUCGUGAGGUAGGCUGGGUGGAAAGAACAAGGGAAAUUGGGGGAGUGGGGAAGGGAGUUUUUCAGCUGGAUCUUCCCAAUUUUGCCACGUUGGUGGUGUACAAAGGUGUGAUUUUGCGACUUUCAGCCCCUUCGGGCGUCCGCGGCGCAAAGAGAGGCAGCGCUCCCGCUCCCCAAAGGGGCCAAAGGGCGAACGUCCCGUACUGUACGCCCAACUAGCCCUUGGCCCCACCCGCUCAGCGCCGUUGCCCCUUUAAGAAGCGGCCGGAAGAGGCUUCCUUGUAUCGCUUUCUCGUCUCUUUCUUCUGCCCAACGUUCCAUUCCUUUGAUCUUCUGCCCAACGUUCCAUUCCUUUGAUCCCGGCGCCUUCCAUUCCCGAGGCGGCUCCGCGGACGGGGAUGCGGCGCUGGUGGGGCAACCUGGCGCCCGCCGCGGCCUCGCUGGCCGUCGGGCUGGGCUUGGGCGCCGCCUGGGCCGGGGGGCCGAGCCGGGAAGGGGCGUCCGCGGAGGGGCUGCUGGCUCGGCUGCCCGUCGUGCCGGUGGCGGCGGCGGCGUCCUCCUCCUCCUUGGAGGUGGGCCGGGGCGGCAGCGGCGAGCUGGCCAAGUACGGCUUGCCGGGGCUGUCGCAGCUGCGGAGCCGCGACUCCUACGUGCUGUGCUACGACCCGCGAGCCCGGAGCGCCCUCUGGGUGGUGGAGCGGCUGGACGCGGCGGCCCUUCGCGGCUCCUCCGAGCGGGCCGCCUGCGACUUCCGCGAGGACGACUCCAUCCACCCGUAUCACCGCGCCAGCAACGCGGAUUACCGGGGCAGCGGCUUCGACCGAGGCCACCUGGCGGCCGCCGCCAACCACAAGUGGAGCCAGAAAGCCAUGGGGGACACCUUCUACCUGAGCAACAUCGCCCCCCAGAAUCCUCAUUUAAAUCAAAACGCCUGGAAUAACUUGGAAAAAUAUUCUCGGAGUUUAACGAAGACUCAUCAGAAUGUUUAUGUCUGCACCGGACCGCUUUUCCUACCCAGGAUGGAACCAGAUGGGAAGAUGUACGUGAAGUACCAAGUCAUCGGCCAGAACCACGUGGCCGUCCCCACCCACUUCUUCAAGGUGCUGAUCUUAGAAAAACCCCGGGGGGAAGUGGAGCUCCAGUCCUACGUCAUGCCCAACGCACCCGUAGAUGAGAACAUCCCCCUGGAACGCUUCCUGGUGCCCAUCGAGAGCAUCGAGCGGUCCUCGGGCCUCCUCUUUGUCCCCAACAUCAUGAAAAAAACCACCAGGUUGAAAGCAAUCACGGCCUGAUGACCACUGUCAAAAACCCCUCCCGUGAGUGGCCUCUGAAUAGAAGCAGUCCUCGCCUUGCGACCACAGUUGAACCCGAAAAAUCUCUUGUUGCUAAGCAAGACAGUUGUUGUUCAAGGCGUUUGGCCCCCUUUCCGGCUUUUCCUGCCCUGGUUUUUUUAAGUGAAUCGUUGCAAUUGUUAAGUCCCAUGAUGGCGAACCUAUGGCUCGCAGCGCCUUCGUUGUGGGCACACGCGCUACCGCCAGCUGCUCUCCUGGUUUCUGGUGCGCUGGGCAGCUGGUCGUCACAGGUGCCAGAGUGCUGGAAAGCGGCCUGAAAAACAGAUCAUUUUCAGACCUUUUUUCGGGCCGUUUUUAGGCCAUAUUGGGCCUGAAAACAGGCCGGAAAAUGGCCAAAAAUGACCACAUAACAGGCAUUCGCACGCCGGCCAGCUGGUCUGGGUUUCCGGUGCUCGCACAUGUUCCGAAAAGGUUUUGCCAUCACUGGUUAAAUCGGUCACAAGGUUGUCAACCUGGUUUCCCCGUGGAUUUUGCUUGUCAGAAGAUCGCAAGAGGGGAUCACAUAACUUUGCGACCGUCGUAAAUGUGAGUCAAUUGCCCAAGCCUCUGACAUUUUGAUCACGUGACCAUGGGGGGGGAUGCUGCAACGGUCGUUAAGUGCGAAAAACGGUCAUUGGGGAAGAGCGUUUUAGUUUCUUUUAGAAAGGCUAAGAAAUAUUUUUUUUUUUAGGAUUUCUCCAGUUCCAGGGAAAUUUUUUUUUUUGAGGGGAGGGGGGCCAUCAGCAAGGUAGACGGGGUGCUCGCCUCAUCUCAGGGAAAACGAUGCUCCUCUUUGCCCAAACUCAGGUUGAGGGAGGCAUUUUGGGGCACGGUGAAAUAAUGGGGAUACCGC